CGAAAGACAUUUUAACUGUAACUGCAAAAAAAGUAAUUUAUAAACAAAUAAAUACGAAUCUGCUUUCAUGCGGGAUUGUUUGCUACUAUUUAAAUACUUUUUAGCUCUGAAAUUGAGUUCUUGAUAAUUUUUCUUCGCUUACACAUUUCUUGACAUAAAUUUGCAUCCUGCUUUUUUAAUAUUUUGAAGUAAUCUCUCUAUAUGUGCAAAAAUCGGGCUUAGUUUUAGAUAGAAUAAUUUUUAUUAUUUAGAAAAGCUAGACAUUACAGGAUGAAAAGAAUUGCUGUUGCUGCCGGUAUGGAGUCGGAUGAUGACGAUGAAAUUGACGAUAUUGUUUUUCCUUCUUCAGAAUCCACAGGAAACACGCACUCUCAGGACAUUUUUGUCUCUGCGGAACAAAAUGUUAAAAGUCCGAUACAGCCUUCUCCAAACUUAGUAAACGAAGGACAAUACAUAUGUAUACUCCUCUAAUGGCAGUAUGUGCAUCUAGAAAGACUGAGCAGGAUUUACUAAAGUGUUGCAUUUUAUUAUUACAAUAUGGUGCUAAUGUAAAUGAACAUGAAAGGCAUCUUACAACUCCAUUAAUGUUCGCCGCCAGAGAAGGUUAUAUUAGUAUAGUUAAAGAGCUUCUGAACCAUGGUGCAGAAGUAAACUCACAAGAUAAUAGUGGCAAAACCGCACUAUUGUGGGCAGCAUCUUAUGGCCAUGGACAAAUUAUCAGGCUUCUUCUUCAGAAUAAUGCUGAUAAAAACAUAUGUGACAACAUGGGGCAAACACCAGAAGAUAUAGCUUAUGGAAAUGGAUAUAAAGAGUUGGUUUCGCUUAUUCAGAAAGGUCCCAUUGGCCUAACCGUCUUAGAUGCUGAAGAAUCUUUAGAUGAAAUAACUAAAACAACAAAUAAGUCUAUCGAAGCAACUAUGAUAGUUAGUAAACCAAAGAAUUUCUCAAAAGUCGGUGAGUUGGAACUGUUUUUGAGUGGUAUAGGAUGUUCCACUCUUGUAAAGAAAUUUCAAGAACAUGAUUUGAAUUUUCAUGAUAUGUUGGUCAUGAAUGAAGAAGAGCUUGAAAAGAUUGGUAUUGCCCAGGUUGGAGUUCGCAAGAAAAUUUUAGAAGCUUGUAAAUCAGUUCACAAAAAAGAGUGGGAACAUUCCAGUUUACCAAAUUUGAAACAAAAACAGUAUAUCAGCUGUCCUGAUGCUGUUGCAAUGAUGGCUAAUGUUUCUGCACAUCUUAAGUUUAUUGCAACUUCUGUCAAAUAUGUUCGUCAACAGAUUCAAUCUCAACCAAGAAUUUUAGAAUUAGCUCAAGAUUCUGCAAAUGUGUUUGAUCUUAUCGAUGAACUGAAAGAUGGUCUAAAGAAUGUCCACUUCUUAAAUGAGGAAAUAAGAUUUCUAAAAUUGCAUUUAGAAAGAGUUCAGGGUCAAGUUGAAUAUAUUCCUGCCGAUUUAAUUGUUGAAACUGUACCUACACCAUCUAGUCAAAGAAAAGUACUUUUUAUCUCUCUUUCUGUAGCAGUGACUACUUUCAUAGGAAUUUUUGCUGGAAUAUUGUGGAAGAACCCCAGUUCUUUGUCUUCUAUUCCUAUAAAAUUAAAAUUACCUUUUCUUAAAUAAGAAAACCUUUCUUUAGUAGAAAUCAUUGUUUAAUUCCAGUUAUGACAUCAUCACAUUCAUGUUUAGAAGUCUAUUUUUAUUAAUAAAGUUUAAUUUUCUUUGCA